AUGGGUAGUGAAUCAAAGGAUAAUAAAAAGGGUUUACAGACGGAGUUACAUCCCGCCCUACGAUCUUCUAACUUAAACCUAUUACGUUCCAAACGUGAGAACCCGUACUUGGACGAUGACCAAUACCAAAGGGUUCAAAAUAAAAGAAGAGGAGGCGUAUUUCAAUUCUACAAGCCUGGUGAAGUUAUAGAACAGGCCAAUCGUCUGCGUGAAGCAAAAGCAAAAGAAUUAGAACUUCAAAGGUUGGAAAAUGAACGGGUCGAGCAGGAAAAUAAGUUGAGGCAAAGAAAGAUAGAAGAAGGAGAAUUGCCUGCUGAAGAUGAAGUUAGCUACGUGGAGUCAUUUAAGAACAUCCCUGAUGUCGAAUGGUGGGAUUUGAAAUAUCUGGACUCUUCUAAUGGAGUUCAUCCCAAAUUCACAUUGCCGUACAAUAAUUUAGACGAAGACAGUGAAGACGAUGAUGUAGAGGACACAAGGCCGAGUAUCAGAUUUGUAAAGCAUCCUUUGCCAGUGGUUAAGGAGUUUAAUGCAAGUAAAAAUGUGGUACCGAGAAUUUACCUAACUAAGAAAGAGCAGAAGAAGAAGAGACGUAAUCAAAGAAAACUGGUACGACAAGAGGUGGAAGAAAAGAUUAAGCUAGGUCUGGAACCUAAGCCAGAGCCCAAGGUAAAAUUGAGUAAUAUGAUGCAUGUUUUAGAAAGCAAUGCUAGCAUCCAAGAUCCGACAAAGUGGGAACAAACUGUUAAGCAACAGGUUGCACAACGAAAGCAGAAGCAUUUAGAGAUUAACAAACAGCGUAGCUUGGAAGCUAAAGCAGAAAGACAAGCAAAUCUAAAGACCAAAAACUCCCAGAAGGAUACCAGGUACUGCAAGGUUUACAUGUUCACUCAGCUGAAGAACCCUAAAAUACGGUUUAAACUAUUAACAAAUGGGAAACAGUUACUCCUCAAAGGAUGCUGCUUACACUUAAAGCAAAGUGCGGGGGUAAUAGUAACAAUUGGCGAUGAGCGCUCAUGUAAAUUCUUUGAACGUCUCGUUACAAAGCGGAUACAAUGGACAGAACCCUUUGUGGACAAGGAAACUACAGAAGAAGUGCGAUGUGAUGGUGCAAAAUGCGAGAAGAUUUGGGAGGGGUUAGUGGGAGACCAUAUGUUCCGCGGCUGGUUUAUGAAGGAGUGCCAAAAUUCCAACGAACUGAAAGAUAUUCUAAAUACUUCAGGAGGGCAGGCGUUUAGUCAUCUCGACCUCAAUUUCCUCGACGAACACUAG